AUGGAAUCAAGAGGCCUCAAGAAGCCCCUCCGGUAUAAGAGACACAAAAUCAAGACACAUGAGAAGCUCAUCAAGAAGUUUCCUUACAGGUUAUCGUGGUUGACGGAGCCCAGCCCAGAUUCCCCACAGUCUUGGAAGGCUAAGAGCAAAGGGUUGCUGAAGGACCAGCUGCCCUUACAGAAGAAACUGGUGCCAACGCGGUCCAUUCCCCUCCCAGGGGUCGGAGCUCCGGACUUUACAUCGCCGCCAUUCAGUUGCUGCUCACAGCCUCCUCCGCAUCCUCCACUGUGUAACCUCUGGGAACUUAAAUUACUGCACGUCCGUUUCCCUAGACAAGACCUUAGCAAGCUGCCUCCUCUGAAGGCCAGUGCUGACCAGCCCUACACCAGUGGUGCUUCAGGGCCAUCUGAGAGCUUUUACUAG